AUGGCGGCCAUCGCAGCCGGCUGGGGAGAUUGUCGUCGAAUUUACCAUCUGUCUAAGACAUGUGAAACCCUCCUCACAGACUUACUAUCGGUGUUAUCGCAAAAUCAAAAUACUCAAACGGAAUUUCGGGUUGUGCAAGAGUAUCUACAACAAUUUGAGUGCUGGGCGGGCUACCUUGGUGUCUUCGCUCCUCCCCAGGCUUCGUUGGACAGCCGAUUACAAUAUAUGUUCGAUGCUGAAGACCAAGUCCUCAGAUUACUUGAGCUAGUAGAGAAAAAUGCUAGACACGCGCACGCUCCAAUUGCAAUUAAACUGACCGAAAGGCCGAGUGCGGCGCUUUGGAACUUAGGACUGAUUAUUGAGUCUGCCAGGACCAACGAUUCGGAUCGAGGAUUGUCAGGAACCGGAAAGACAGAAGCUCCUCGAGCUCAAAGUGACGACUCUAUGAGAACAAGAUCAAGUAUUCUACUAGCUACACAAGCCGCCCUGGAUGGGAUCAAUGGUGCACUUGGCAGGCUUCAGCGCCUCGGAGUCGUCAUCAAGAAGGCCUCAGCUCCAGACCUUUUCAUCAGGGGCCAGAAUUUCGCAGAGAAGCAUUCGGAUGAUUAUCAUCUGUUCGAACGCAUGAGCCUAAUAUAUACAUAUGUGAGGAACUUAUACCCUAAUAUUGAAGAUUCGCUUGUAAGGCAGCUAUCUACUUCCAUUUCGUCGAGAAGACAAAGGCUCCUGCACCUAAGAAAGCACCAGGCGAGUGUAGAAAAUACAGAUAUUCGAUUUCUAUUCGAACCCGCAGGUCUAGAUCAGACGAUGUCACAGAGGUUAAAACGCAUUGGGGAUGUGUUUUCGGCAGCUCAGUCCUCAGACCUAGGGAUAAGUUUCGUGGGGCCAGGAUUAGCUAUAGCAGGCUCGUUUCUAACUAAAGGCAUUGCAAAAAAAUCUCUCGGUUAUCCGUAUCGAGAUCCGCCAGCUAAUCCUACGCCCCAGAAAGAACAGACACAGUGCAAGUGUAACUGGUGCUUUAGAUUACUGGAAGAUUCACAUGGAGCAAUGGAGUGCAAUAAUCUCUGGAGAUCUCAUUUAGAGGAAGAUUUCCAACCAUAUGUCUGCAUUUCAGAGGAAUGUGGUGAGGAACCUGUCUGCUUCGCAUCUUUGCAUGAAUGGCAGAGACAUAUGGAUGGCUUUCAUACCGAAGACUGGACGCAAGAAAUUCACAAGCCGACAGUUUGGUAUUGCGACCUAGACAACCACGAAUUCAUAGAAUUUCCAACAGCCGAGGAGUUCUAUAUACAUCUAGAGUCACACGAGGGGGAGGUUACAAUAACUCGACUUGAAAGAAUGGCAAAGCGAAAUUUUCUUUCUGCCUCCCGAGGCCCUAAUUUUUGUCCAUUUUGCACGAGAGACAUUUCAACCCUCGACCCAGAGCUUGACGAAAAAGCCACUGAAGUCCUAAUCCGGGAGCAAGAUCAUCAUACCCCGAUCAGGGCUCGAUCUACACGCCCGGGGAGGCCAUUCGAAGGAGCCGGCUUCCAGCGUCCGGAAGGCCACACCGGGUUUACAAAAAGGGGAUUUCUCAGCACUGCUGGUGCUACUAGCGAGGGUCGUAGCUCUAAGAGGGGUUCUAGAUCUACAAACAGAUUACCAGAGGGCCUCUCCGCCCACGCAGCGUUAACUAAGCACAUUGGAUUGCACCUAUUGUCUCUAGCAAUCUCAUCUAUGCAGUACUUGAGCGACAGGUUUUCUGUUGGGAGUCGAAGUGAGUCCUGUUCGACUGAAGCGCAGCUGGAGAUCUCGUCCCAAGGGAACAGUCGCCGCACAGAUAAUUCCGAUUUUGUGGUCAGAAGCCCUCUUCCUUUUCAAGAUCCUUUCUUCGGUAAAAUGGAAAAGGACAAUCGCAGGGUCGUGAGUGUAUAG